GUACACGCGCACAGUAACAGUACCGUCUCUAUGAGAGAUUCUGUUCGGACGAAUGAAUCAGAAAUUCCACCGAGGACCGGAACACAACAUAAAACAGUAAUGGUGCAACCGCGACGUUACUCCUGUCGAGCUGGACUUGAAGCGACACGGUGACAGGGAAGUGCUUUCUUUCUUUUUCUUUUUUCUUUUUUUAAAUGUCAGUUAAAGGUGGAAAGGAGGGAGGGAAAGAGGUGAACAGGUUUUCCGGUUGUAGUCGUUGCUAACAGGCUAACAGGCUAACACGGCGCUUCAACCGGCUUCAUUAGCCUAGCUCGCUAGUUAGCUGGCUGGCUAAGCUAACGAGCUGCUGCAGCGUCAGUUUGUUUAUUUUAUUUUUAUUUUUUAAGCAUUUAGACUAGUAUGACAUCCCGUUCAGGUGAAGCGGCAGAAGAAGAGGCGGUGCUCGGAUAGUUAUGAGCAGUUACAACAACAUCACAACCUCCACGUUGAGCUCGUCUCUGAGCUUGGACGGGAAAGGUUCACCGGUCAACAACAACAACAACAAGGAGGAGUGGGGCUUGGGCAGCGAUGCGUUUCCGUGCUGUCAAGAGAUGAGUCCCAUGGACGAUAGGUUACAAGCGGGGAUGUCCUCGGUGCAGCCGGGACUGGACGGACACCUGCCGCUUCUCCACUCCAAACACAACAACAACAGCAGCAGCAGCCAGGACCGGUUGUUGUUGGACCUGAGCUCCCGGGCAGCCUUCCUCGACAGCGGCUCUCUGGAGUACAGCGACAACGACGGGAACAACGCGGGUCCGUUGUUCGAGAGGAGGAAGAGGUCGAGGUCCAACAGCUCCAGGCACCGCUACAGCGAGGUGGUGACGGAGCUCGGACCCGAGGAGGUGAGGUGGUUUUACAAAGAGGACAAGAAGACUUGGAAGCCCUUCGUCGGGCAUGACUCGCUUAAAAUCGAGCUCGCGUUUCGGAAAUACUGUGAGCUGAACCCCGGGGCGGCGAGCUCACAGGUCGGUGAGCGGCAGGAGGAGUGCGGCAACAACGGCGUGGAGAGCCGGGGGAUGAACGGCGCGGUGCCGGUGGAGACGAGGACCAGCGUUGUGCACGGAGGCCGGGGCUCCUUGGACACAUCCACCGUGUCCUCGGAUGAGAGGGACCUCGACUGCAUUGAAAUCAACGUGGAGCCUGUGUGUGUCCGGGGAGGGCUCUAUGAGGUGGACAUUAAGGAGAAGGAGUGCAACCCUGUUUACUGGAAGCAACAAGACCAUAUUCCAGUCAUGAGAGGCCAGUGGUUUAUUGACGGUACCUGGCUGCCGCUAGAGGAGGAGGAAAGUGACCUCAUCGAGCAGGAGCACCUGAACCAUUUCCGCGGGCAGCAAAUGCAGGACACCUUCGAGACGGAUUUGGUGGUCAGGACCGUCGACAGCAAAGAUGUUCUCUCCCACCUGCCCCCUUUCUACCUCCCUUUUCUGUUCAAAUGGAGUGGAUAUCAGACGAGUGGUAAAACUACAUGUCACAAGCGCAAACGCUGCCAAGCAAUCCACAGUCUAAAGCUGAGUCGGACCCAUGUGGAUUGGCACAGCGUGGAUGAAGUAUACCUCUACAGCGAUGCCACCACGUCCAAAAUUGCACGCACGGUCACGCAGAAACUGGGCUUCUCCAAAGCCUCCAGCAGUGGAACGCGGCUCCAUCGGGGUUAUGUCGAGGAGGCCUCACCUGAGGACAGACCUCCUCAUACUACACAUGUUGUCUUUGUGGUCCAUGGGAUUGGACAGAAGAUGGACCAGGGACGCAUCAUUAAAAACACUGGAAUGUUGAGGGAGGGUGUGAGGAAGAUGGAGGAGAAGCACUUUUCGGAGCACAAUGACGAGCACGUGGAGUUCCUGCCUGUCGAGUGGCGCUCCAAACUUGCACUGGAUGGAGACACAGUAGACUCAAUAACACCGGACAAAGUGAGAGGACUGAGAGAUCUACUCAACAGCAGCGCCAUGGACAUUAUGUACUACAACAGCCCCCUUUACCGGGACGAGAUUACGAAGGGCCUAACCCAGGAGCUGAACAGACUGUACACACUUUUCUGCUCCCGGAACCCCGAGUUUGAGGAGAGGGGAGGCAAAGUGUCCAUUGUGUCCCACUCCCUCGGCUGCGUCAUCACCUACGACAUCAUGACCGGGUGGGAUCCCGUGCGCUUCUGUCAGCAGGAGCAUCACGCUGUGGAAGAGGAGCUGGACCUGCGCUGGCUGUCCUUUGAGGAGAGGCACCUUUUAGAGCAGCUGCGCGUCACACGGACAAGGUUACGAGAGCUGGAAAAUCAACUCCUCACACUGGAGGCCUCUAAACCUUCAGCUCCUCCAGCCCUUAAAUUUAAGGUGGAAAACUUCUUCUGCAUGGGUUCUCCUCUGGCGGUGUUCUUGGCCCUGAGGGGGAUCCGUCCUGGCACCAGCUGCCACCAGGACCACAUCCUGCCCACCACCAUCUGCAGCAGGCUCUUCAAUGUCUUCCACCCUACUGACCCUGUGGCCUACAGACUGGAGCCCCUCCUCCUCAAACAUUAUAGCAAUAUUGCACCUGUUCAGAUACACUGGUGUAGCGCCACAAAUCCUACAUCCUACGAUGAGGUCCGGCCUACCUUCCUGAACCCAGUCAAAGACCCAACGUCAGACACUGAGAGCAUCCCCAGCCCGAGCACUUCUCCCGUCCUCCCUCGCAGACACUACGGAGAGUCCAUCACUAGCCUGGGCAAGGCCAGCAUACUGGGCGCGGCGAGCAUUGGGAAGGGCAUCGGCGGCAUCCUUUUCUCACGUUUCUCCCGCUCCAAUAGCCAGCCCUCAGUGUCUUUAGGACUUGAUGGAGGGGCAAACACUGAGGAAGAGGAACAGAAGCGGACAGAAAGCCAGUCAGCGUAUGGCCUCUCCACCAUGAUUAGGCCCACCUCACCUACUACUGACACAUCACUGGAACUGGAGCGGCGCAUCGACUUUGAGCUCAGAGAGGGUCUGGUCGAGAGCCGCUAUUGGUCCGCGGUGACCUCACACACAGGCUACUGGUGCUCACAUGACAUAGCACUCUUCCUGUUGACCUUCAUAUACAAGCAGAAGACGCCACCCUCCGAUCCGACGGAAGACACUCCGGACCCAGACUGAGUCAUCUGUUACAACACACACACACACUUGAAUGGUGUCUUAUCCAGAAGGGUCCCAUCACCUUCUUGAAAAGGCACAAAUAAACUUUAUUUCUUUAUUCCUAACACACACAAACUGCUCAAAUACACUAAUCAUCCAUUUUCCAUGUAAGCUCCCUGUGAUCCAGCUCUUUUACCACUUGGGAGUCAUUGUUGACAAACAGACUUCAUUCCAAGACGUGCAUUCUUGUCUCUUUUUGUGUCAUUUGUACACAAUUGCGCACCCUACGGGUGACAGUGUUAGUCUAGGAACCCCUAAGGAGGUGCACCCUUUGCCAGUAUGACCACAAGUUACAUAUAACCAUGGAAUAUGAGACUAAUGAGUUUGACGCAUUGGAGUUUGUUGCACCCAGAGGAAGAGCGUUAACUUCGUCCCCAAGUCUUCAACCUUAAUCAGCGGUUGACAAAGUGUCUAUACGUGUCCUGUGCUUGCUUAAAUCCAAGCCUCUCUCCCACAGACUCAUUAUGGAGCCUUGUGACACACUUGCCUGAUCCUCGGUCGCUGAGGCCUGUCCGUGCUUUUAUAACCUUUUCUUUCUUUUUCAUGAAACAGAGAAAUAUAAUUGUCGAAAACAUAGUUUUAUCUUUAAAAUAGACCUUUAGCUAUUACAUCAAAAGAAAAGAAAAGAAAAGAAAAUGCUAACAAGCAAAUGCAAUGCCUUUCAAAAGUAGCCAAAUAAUUUUAUUCAUGCAGAAUAUUUCUGUUUAGUUUUUCUUAAAACCAUAGGGCAUUAUCCCUUUAAUGAUGUUUUGGAUCACUAACAUGCUCUGUUCAGUUUUUUCUUUCAUUUUUUUAUGUUCUCCUCUUUUUUAACAUUGUCUGACUCUUGAAAUAGAUAUGCACCAAAUGAAAACACACCGCCACUUUUAUAAUCUACCAUAAGCUGAAACAGAACUCCCUAUCGUGUUUAGUUAUCUGCAAAUAAACCGUAUGAUUGUUGUUAAAGUACUGUGGACGAAAUGUCUAACUAACAAUUUAAACUGAACAUCACAGACGACAUCGUUAGUUUCCAUGUGACAUCUACAUACAGAGGUUUACAACCACAUGAGGCUUGCAUAGCUACGCUCUUAAACAAGGGCCGGACAUGUAUAGUUAUUUUCUUACACCCUUUUAAUGAUGUCACGAGACGAGUCACUCAAAAACAAUCACAUAUAAAGUCAUUUCCAUGCUUCUGUAUUAAGGAUAAGUUAUGGAGCUCUUUUCUGUGCUAUAUCUUUAUAUUGAAACCAGAUGAAAUCAGUGGAACUAGAUGUAUUUUUUCUUAAGAAAAAAAAGAAAAAGAAAUAUUUUUCCUAGUGAUUUUCAGGCUCUUGUGGAUAGAAAACCCAGAUCUCAUCUCUGUGGAAAAUGGGAUUUAAACUUGCGGCCAAAUAUUAAUGUGUCUGGCUUAUUAGUUUGCUCGGUUUUAGUAACUACUCUAUGAAAAACUAACUGGCACAUAGAGUAAAAGUAGCUUCUUUUUUAUUUGGAGGCUCUUGUGAUACACCGCAUGCAAAGUUAAGUUUGCCUUUUCAUGUGACCAAUUCACAGUUGUCACUUUUGUCCGCUUGUCUUUUUUUAAUUCAUGUGAGAGAAAAAAAAAAGGGUUACUUUAGUCUUAAAAGUCUGUAUUUUCCAGUCAGUAAACGUGUCAUCGCCUAAUGGACACUACUUGCAAAUUCACUCCUUUUAAAAAGAAAAAAGAAAAUGUGGACAACUGGGGGUAGCAAAUCACGAUUUCUCUUUUUUUUCCUUUCUAAAAAUAACUUUUGCUGCUUAUCAAAACUCUUGCCUUAGAUUUGUCAGAACAGUUUAUUGAAAGAAAGAAAAAGAAGAAAGAAAAAAUCAUUCCAGUAAUGAUGGAUUGUAUGCCUGUCAAAUGUGGUCCUUUUGAAAAGAAAAGAAAAAACACGCCCAGUAAUAAUUAUGCAGAAGUUAGAACACAUACUCACGUUGCAUGGUGUCACAUUAAUAGUAAGUGGAGUUUGGAACAUUGCAGUGAGUGCCAACACAUCUAAGAAACUGCUUUGUGUUCUUUUAUUGUGUAGAAAACCACAUGUGGUUAUUUAUGUUUGUAAUCAAAUCAUUUAUGAGAUGAAUGAGGGAAUGGAAUCACCCUCAGAUUAAUUGUUACAUGUGACAGACUUGAUUAAUGUCGGUGUCAAAUUUUUUUUCUUCUUCUUUGUGUCCCACUUUGUUGCAAUAUCACAGUUAUCAAAGAGCUUAUUUUAAUUUGCUAUGGUGCAAAGCUGCUGCUUUAUUGUUCCUCACAAUCAAGGGCUGUUGUUGACUGGCCCACCACUGAAUGAAAUCCAUUUAUUGGUUCUUAGCGUCUGUUACUUAUGCAAAGGCCUACUGACUCAAACCAGGCUGCCUGUCAUGUGACGCGAAAGGUGACCUGGAUGUUGGAAGUGGGGACAAAUAAAGAUAAAAAUUAAGAUGUGAUUUGAAUUGCACAGAAAUUAUGUAGAAACCAGCCCGGAGUUGAUUUUAUUCAUUCAUUUUGUUGAGCAUGUUUCAGCAAUAGAUGCAGAAAGCAGUUUUAAAAAUGUUACUUGGAUGGCAAGCAUGCAAUUUACUUAUGAGACCUUACACAUGUAAUGAAAAAUACAAGGACAGUCCCAUUGUUGCCUCUGCAUUUUAAAGUCACACUGUGUGGGCGAAUACAUAUUAUAAGAGUGUGGACAGACCAUGGCAACAAUAACAAUAAUGUUCCUGCCAGUGUUUAUUUGACUGUGUUUCAAAAUGUAUGUGAAAUUUGUACUUUUGUUCUUUCAUUCUAACAACUCGAUUCAAGCACAGAUUUUCAACUGCACUCACUCCGCUUGCUAAAACAAAAAGAAAAAAGAAAAUCCUUGUCGAGAUGCAUUGUACUUUCGACUCUAACGCACAGCAUUUCUGAAUGAUGAUAGUAUAUUUUUCUUGUCAAAGGCACCGUAAGCAUCAGGGAAACGUCUAUUGUAGAUUCAACACUGUCGUUGACAUCAGUUUGAAGCCAUUAUUAGGUCACGUAAUCCGUCGCUGUCACAGAUUCGUCUUUUUUGAAAUGUUCCCGAGGUUAAUAAGGAAGGAUCUGCAGCCAUAUGGAAUCAGUCGCUGGGUGGAGAGAAAGAGAAAUACGCAUUGAAAUUCAUCAUGGGUGUAUUGAGUGAAAUGUGUUCAGUUUGUGUCAGGUACCACUGUUGCUCUAACUUUUGAAUGGAAGUCCAGAAAAGUGUUUUCGUCUGUCCUUAGAGCUGUGCAAUAACCCAUGCCUGUAAUGGAUUCUAACUGCCAUCCAAAGCACUGUAUUUAUUUCCUUUUAUUAAAGCAUUUCUUUUUUUUGGA